AUGAAGCUUCUCACCGCGCUAACCGCCCUCCUCAGUACGGCCCUCGCGGCAAGCCGAACCAGUCCUCCCGCAGGGUGCCUGACCGUGUCCAAGUCCGGCGGCGGGGGACAGUACACGACGAUCCAGGCGGCGGUGAACGCGCUGUCGACGACGUCGACGGCGGCGCAGUGCGUCUUCAUCUACCCGGGCGUGUACACGGAGCAGGUGCUUGUGCCCGCGCGCCAGGCGCAGCUGAGCGUGUACGGGUCGACGGCCGAUACGAGCUCGUACGCGGCCAACCGCGUCACCAUCACGGGCAGCAAGUCUCAGGCCGACGGCCUGACCAACGACGAGACGGCUACCCUGCGCGUCAAGGCCGCGGGGUUUCGCCUCUACAACGUCAACGUCGCGAAUACCUAUGGCAAGGGCAGCCAGGCUGUGGCCGUCAGCGCCCAGGCUGAGAGCGGGUACUACGGUUGUGCGCUCACCGGCUACCAGGACACGCUGCUAGCAAACACCGGGGCCCAGGUGUAUUCGAAGUGUCUGAUUCAGGGCGCAACCGACUUUAUCUUUGGCCGGGAUGCCCCUGCGUGGUUUGAGAAGUGCGAUAUCAGGGUUGUGGCCGCGUCCCUGGGUUACAUUACAGCGUCCGGUCGACAGUCCUCUUCGAGCCCAGGCUACUACGUGUUCAACAACUGCAACGUCGCCGCGGCCUCGGGCAACACGGUGCCCAAGGGCGCGUACUACCUGGGGAGGCCAUGGGCCGAGUACGCGCGGGUGGUGUUCCAAAAGACCUCCAUGAGCGAGGUCAUCAACUCGGCCGGGUGGAGGAUCUGGAACUCGGGCGACGAGCGCACGGGACACGUCCUGUUUGGCGAGUACGGCAAUACGGGCACCGGAGCCGCGGGCACUCGGGCUUCCUUCUCGACCAAGCUGAGCUCGGCCGUCACCAUGUCGUCAGUCCUAGGCAGCAAUUAUCAGAGCGCCAAGUACUUUGACGCCAGUUACCUGCCAUGA